ACUUGAAUUGAAAAAACAAACAAAAUAGAAAAGAAAAUAAAUUCUACAAAGAUCGGAAAACGCUGUCACUCAUUCACAUGCAGUGUAGCUACCAACCAUCUCUACUUCGUCAAUUAGGGUUUCCUCUUCUUUUCAUCCAUCAUCAUCCCCAAUUUCCUCACUCUUCUACGAUCGAUGGGAAGCAAGGGUCGCAUGCCACCGCCACAGCAUCUCCGGCGGCCACAUCAACCAGGUCCUGCCAUGCUUCACCACGAACAAGUGGGUCCCACAAUGCACCACGCGCUACCACCCGGUCCCUUCGACCUUAUGCCACCACCACAGGUAAUGGAACAGAAACUCGCUUCACAGCACGGGGAAAUGCAGCGGUUAGCCACCGAGAAUCAGAGACUCGCCGCAACACACGGUGUUCUGAGACAGGAGCUUGCUGGUGCGCAACAUGAGCUGCAGAUGCUGCACGCGCACGUGGGGUCGCUUAAGGCGGAGAGGGAGCAGCAGAUGCGGGGUGUGAUUGAUAAGAUUGCGAAGAUGGAAGCGGAGUUGAAGGCGGCUGAACCGUUGAAAAUGGAGAUUCAGCAGGCGCGUGGAGAGGCUCAGAAUUUGGUGGUUGUGAGGGAAGAGCUUAUUUCAAAAGCUCAACAUUUGAGUCAAGAGAUUCAGAGGGUUCAUGUUGAUGUGCAGCAGAUUCCUGCUCUUAUGACAGAGCUUGAAUGUCUUAGACAGGAAUAUCAGCAUUGCAGGGCCACUUAUGACUAUGAAAAGAAAUUAUACAAUGACCACCUUGAGUCACUUCAAGUGAUGGAAAAGAACUAUGUUUCUAUGAGUAGGGAGGUGGAGAAGCUUCGAGCAGAGCUUACAAACACAGCUAAUGUUGAUCGAAGAAGUAGUGGGCCCUAUGGUGGCACCUCUGGAACUAAUGAUAAUGAGGCUUCUGGUCUUCCUCUGGGACAAACUGCAUAUAAAGAUGGUUAUGCUGUUGCACAGGCACGUGGUUCUCUCCCUGCUGCCAGUGGCGGCGGUGGUAAUGCUACUACAACUACUCCUGCACCGGCUGGAGGUCAACCUGGUCAAGCUUCUGCAGGGACUGGUUAUGAGGCUCCCAGAGGAGGUCCUGGUUACAUUGCACCUACAGGGCCUACUUACGACCCACAGAAGGGUUCUACUUACGACCCACAGAGGAUGAAUGGUUACGAUGCAUUUAGAGGAUCUGCUUACGAACCAAACAGAGGACAGAUGUUUGAUGCUUCUCAGAGAACUGGCUAUGAUCCACAGGGAGGUUCUGGUUAUGAAGCGCAGAGAGGACCUGCACCUGCUUAUGAUGCAUCAAGAGCAGCCGGCUAUGAUGCACAAUCAAGAGGUGUUGCUGGUCAACAUGGACAUGUUCCUCCGGCGAACAAUAUGACUUAUGGGUCCACGACACCACCUGUUCGUAGUGGAGGUGGUGGUGGAUACGAUCCUGCUCGAGGUGUAAACCCUGCUAGGAGAUGAGCUUGAGAUGCCAUACCAAUCAUACAUUUACGGCACUAAAAUCAUCAGAUAGAAUCUGAAUGCGUGUGGAGCUUCUGUCUAGUGCUUACCUGAAAGUGAAUCUCAUGAAAGUCUGACUUUGUCAUUGUCUUAUGCAACAGAGAUAAAACAUAUUUGUCUUCAUUGAGAAAUAUACAUUCUUACAGUAUAUAACUGCUAUAGAAUAGAUGAGUAUCAAAGUAACAAUCAACAUCUAUCUCUUUUUUGUGUGAAGCAAUCAAUCUUACUUUUAACUUUCAA